AUCAGGACACUGUGUAAUGUUAAUAUGUAGUUACAGUAUACAUAUCUGAUUACAAAACAUCUACUAAAAUCUGUCUUUACCGUUAUACUGUUACUAAAGUAACUGGCUACACAAGCCAAAACAUGAAUAUGUCUGUUCAGAAAGUCACAGAGCUCUGGUUCAAUAUGCACAAUAACAGCAAAGAAAUUGAAUAUAUGGAAAAGAAUUUAUCAAAGGUUGAAAGAGAGAAAAAGUGACAAUGUUUUAAACGGUGACAAAAAGAAUAUAGAUAUUAUCAUAAAGAGACAAACAGAGAGACUAAAAGUAGACAGUAACUGAGCUAAAUGAGGCAAGAGGCAAACAAACGCGAUGAGGUUUUGCGUAUUUGUGACAGCAGAUUACAAAGAGGCUACUGUAAAGCUACUGUAAAAUACACGCGUGAGCAAAUGUCAGUCCUGCCUGGUUAAAGUCACAUUUAAACCUGUUUUCAGACACACUGGAGACAGUAGAACAUCUGCACUGAACAACGUGAACAGUGUGUCAGACCAUGAGGUUUGUCUCUUACUCUCCGGCUGCUCCGUCUUUUUUUCAGCAACACAACCUUGGUGCAUGAGACAGGACCCUAAAGGCCCAUUUGUUUGCACUGAGCUAGGCUGCAAGAAUAUCAAACCCACCUGAUGUCUGCAUACAAUUCCAGACAUAUUGUUUGUACUUACAGCACCUGUCUUGCGAGAUAUCAUUCAUCUCACAGGAAAAAAUGGAGAGAGGGUUGCAAAGUCACCCGCCAUUCAGCUGCCUUCAGUGUCUAUUCGUUGCUGAAAAUGCUGAGGUGCUGAGUGAUCAUCUGUUAGAGCACAACCAUCCGCCAUCUUACGCUCAGGAGACUGAGGCUGCUUCCCCAACCGUACGCAACGAUCAGCCUCACGUUUCUAUCAGACAGAAAUCCAACCCAGCUUUGUCAUCAUCAUUACCAGAAGAUGGGCACAAGCAACAGGCUGAGAGGAAAAGAAACAACAUAAAAAGAAUGAGCAAGGCUCUGACAAAAGGCAAUCUUUCAGCAGGGGAAACGCCAACACUGCCAACCAAAGAGUACCUUGCAGCAGGAACGGAGCAAGUCUAUCGCACCCACACCUGCCCCAUGUGCCGUCGCUGCUUCAAGAUGCGCUCUCACCUGCAGGAACACCUCCACAUACAUUUCCCUGAACCCAGUCUCCAGUGUCCCACCUGCAAGCGGUACUUCACCAGCAAGAGCAAGCUACGCAUACAUAGGCUCAGAGAGGCCGGUGAGAAGGUUCACAGCUGCCAUCUUUGUGAGUACUCCGCCGUGGAGCGGAACGCGAUCCGCCGGCACAUUGUGAGCGUGCAUGCUGGUGAGGCGGAAGGCAACACAAACAGUCACAGCUACGCUUGCCCCACGUGUGGCCAACGCUUUGGCCAGAGCAGGUCCCUCAAAGUUCACAUGAAGACACACAUUGUUCAGCCAGACAGUCAGCCGGUGGCCUGCUUCAAAGAUGGUUGUACUUUUCAGAGCUCUAUACGCAAAGAACUUCUUCGACAUACUGUUGAAGCACAUGGGAUGAAAGCGGUGGAGUGUCGUCACCAUGCAUGUGGAUCCAUUUUUCCAAAAGAAGCAGACAUGGAGCUUCAUUAUCGGACACACCUGGCCUACCACUGCUCCCAGUGUGAGUUUUCCUGCUCCAACAAAAGCGUGUUCCUCCAGCACCGGCGGCUCGGUCAUCCAGGGAGCAACAAGCUUUGCUGUGACUUUUGCACCUUCACCACAUUUAACCCUGUGCAGUUUGAGCAGCACGUUGGACAUUUGCACGCCAACGAGAAGAUUCAUCGCUGCUCCCAGUGCAGCUACAUGACCUCACACAAGCGUGGUCUGAAAAGACACAUGCUGAUGCACAGCGGUGAGAAGCCCCACAAGUGUAACCUGUGUGACUUCAGGUGUCGAGACGACUCUUACCUCUCUAAACAUAUGCUCACUCACUCAGAAGACAAGAACUUCAUGUGUGCUGAAUGUGGAUACGUCACCAAGUGGAAGCACUAUCUAAAUGUUCACAUGAGGAAACAUGCAGGAGACCUCAGGUAUCACUGUGAUCAGUGUCCCUAUCGCUGUCAUCGCAUGGAUCAGCUAAAUAGCCACAAACUACGACAUCAGGCCAAAUCACUUAUGUGUGAGAUCUGUGCUUAUGCCUGCAAACGGAAAAAUGAGCUUCGCAAUCACAUGUUGGCCAAACAUUCUGGAGAGGAGAAGCAGCCAUCCGCGUAUCAGUGCAAAUACUGCGCCUACACUACUUGCUACAAACAAGCGCUUCAGAACCAUGAGAACUGCAAACACACAAAGCUGAAAGAGUUCCGUUGCGCCCUCUGCUUCUACUUCUCCUUUAGUAGCAUCAGCCUCUUUCUGCACAAGAGGAAAGCUCAUGGGUACGUACCUGGGGACAAGGCAUGGCUGGAGAACUAUGCCGCCAAGGAGAGGGAGAUGAACUCUGCUGAGUUAGUGCAGGACUUUUACAAUAAGCCGUCGACGGCUCCUGAGGAACAGUCCACCAAAGGCCUGCUACCUUCUCAAAGAGAACAGUCUGAGCUUUCUGCAACAGCAGAUAACACUGUGCCUGGAUCACAGCCUUCCAACGAAGCGCACACUGCUAAUGUUGUUUCUCAGGACACUGCCAGUGAAGGUACUUCACCUGUGAACCCUGCAGAGGAAUACUGUAUGCUGGUUUUAACUGCACUACCCACCACUGAUCAGCAACAACAGCCCUUGUUAAAAAAAACAGAGGAACAGAGUGAAAAUCCAACUUCCAGCACAGCCGCAUGUGAUAAAUCUCAGAAAAAGGCAGACUUGUCAAAAUCCAUAAGUUCAGCAGAAGAUGAUGAUGCAGCAGCAACAUCAAAUGCAAAUGAAGAAUGUGAAAAAAGUGAUGUGGAUGACGGCUACGAACCUUCAAACGACGUAGACGGUCAAUGGUUGGUUGCGACGGGAGCCUGUCAAAGACCAGAUGGAGCAGCUUCUGAUCAAAAUAUGGCUUUAAAAUCUGACCUCCGACAAAAAGACAUGAAGAAACACGACAAGGAUCAAGCAGAAGCCAUGGUUUUGGGGGGACGGGUGCAGAUGCUGAUGGUGCCAACUAAGCACAUGUAUCGCUGCGAUAAAUGCUCCUAUGUGACCUGCAGGGAGACCACGCUGGAGUACCACUGCCAGUCUUUGUGUCAGGGAAGAGCAAAGGCACACCGAUGCCAGGCUUGCGGUGCAGAGUUCAAACAGAGACGCAGCCUUGAUAGUCACAUCACCCUGAAGAAGUGCCCAGCACAGCCAUCUGUUGGCAUUUCAGGUCCUCAUCUCGGUACAGAGGAGACUGUCACUCACAGUGAGGAGGCAUCUAAACAACUCCCUGAAAGAAGGUCUGAUCGAACGCAGCCCCCGACUUCACACACAGAGUCUUCUGCAGAUUCAAAUCACCGGCAUCAAAAAGGUUCUACAUCCAGUGGAAAAGGAUGUCAAACCCAGAGAACAAGGAGAAAUAAGCUUUUGAAAGGCAAGCAUGUAAGAAAACUAACUUUAAGUGACAAGGGCAGGAGUGGAUCACCACAGAAGAAGUCCCUUCUCACCAAAACACAAGGGAAAUUUAAAUGCAUGCUGUGCAGGUUCUCAUCAGUCAGACGAGCAACAGUUGAACGUCACAUCUCAACCUGUAGCAAGGAGGAGCGUCAGUGUGACGACGAGCUGGUAGAUGAGAAAGUGGCUCAGAAAACUCGGACCUUCUCAUGUCCAAGCUGUGAGUUUAAAUGCAGCCAGAGUCACGCGUUACGGAGCCACAAGAGAAGAGGCUGCAUGAAGCCAGGUGGCGUCCAACGCACCGGGUCUGAGGUGACGUUAGCUAAGCGCAAAGUGUCCGUUAAUGGUGAAGGUUUGCGUUGCCAGCAGUGCGCUUUCACCUGUAAGACGCAGAAAGGCAUGGCUCAGCACGUGGCACGCAAACACAGAGGGGCCGGGCCUCACUGCUGCCAGUUCUGUCCGUUCAGCACCACAAGGCGCUAUCGCGUGGAGCAGCACGAGUCCCUUCACACAGGAAUCGGUCGUCACACGUGUGACGUCUGUGACAAGACGUUCGGGGCCGCAGCCAAGUUACGUCAGCACCAGACGCGCGUCCACGACGAGCAGCCCACGCACUUCUGCUCAUCGUGCGACUUCAGCAGCUCCUUACCCGACAAUGUGAGACGGCACGAGCUCAGGUGCCACACGGGGAACUUGGAGCACACCUGCACCCAGUGCGACGCUCACUUUAGUUCAGCAGUUGCACUGCAAACCCACUGUAAGCGGGCGCACCUGCUCCAGGUCGCUUUCUCAUGCAAGCAGUGUGAAUACACGUGCAGCAGUAAGGUCACACUGAAGACCCACCAGCUAAGCAAGCACUCGCCGCUACAGUGCACCAGCUGCCGCGAGUCGUUUGAAACAAAGGACAGCCUGGAGAAGCAUCAGAGGUCCCACCUGGCCCAUCGGUGUCAGCUGUGUCCAUUCGCUGCCAAAACCAGGCAGCUGUUGGCGCAGCACCUCCUGAACCAACACGAAGACGGCCCCUCGGAGGAAAAGCCCCUCAGGUGCAGCACCUGCCAGUUCGCUUGUCGCCAUCAGCUAGUGUUGGAGCAGCACCUCCGCUCGCAUGGGGGCAGGCGCUUGUACAGGUGCACAGACUGCGAGUACUCCACCCCCAACAAGCAGAAGAUCACGUGGCACCUUCGCAUUCACACCGGAGAGAAGCCGUGCCGCUGUGAACUGUGCAGCUACACCUGCACGGAUCCCUCUAGACUGAAGCUUCAUAUGAGGGUUCAUCAAGAAGAGAAGAAGUACCUUUGUCCAGAAUGUGGCUACAAGUGCAAGUGGGCGACGCAGCUGAAGUAUCACAUGACUAAACACACAGGUGAGAAGCCGUACGCCUGUGAUGAGUGUGAGUACCGCACCAACAGAGCCGAUGCCCUGCGUGCCCACCGGGACACCCAGCACUGCGACACGCGCCCGUACGUCUGUGAAACAUGCGGCAAAGCCUUCAAGACGAGUUUCAUACUGAAGACCCAUCAGCGGCAGCACAGCAACGAUCGGCCGUACACGUGCGGCUUGUGCCACAAGGCCUUCAGGUGGCCAGCGGGCCUCAGACACCACUACCUCUCCCACACCAAGCAGCAACCUUUCCGAUGCCGCCACUGCUCCUACAGUGCCAAGCAGAAGUUCCAGGUGGUCAAGCAUUUGCAUAGACACCACCCUGGGAUUUCUGCAGAGCAGGGGGUGGUGAGGGACUCCGCAGCCGUCAGCCUCACCCUGAAGGAGGCCCUGCAGGGGACACUGGAGGAGAGAAUGGUGGAGGUGGAGGAGCAAGGUUCAGCUGGCAUCACGGAGGUCUGACUCAGUGUAUCCAUUCAUAUGUUUACUUUAAGGUGUGCGUGCGUGCGUCCUGUUUGGUCAGGUCACAUGACUACAGUAAUUUAAUUUAACCUCGUGUAACAGGAAUGCAAAAUGCAAACAAUAAAGUUUGUUUUUAAUGACA